AUGUCGCGAAUCUUUAUAACUGGCUCGAGCGACGGAAUAGGCCUAGCAACCGGCAAGCUCCUCGCCUCCCAGGGUCACACCGUAAUCCUGCACGCGCGCAACGCCGAGCGUGCCGCAACAACCCAAAAAGCAGUCCCUAGCGCAAAAGUGCUGAUCGGCGAUCUGCGCUCGAUAAACGAGACGAAAGAGCUAGGCGCACAAGCCAACGCCCUCGGCCCCUUCGACAGCAUAAUCCACAACGCAGGCAUCGGCUUCGGCGCAACCUCCAGCCGCGAGAUAACAGCCGAGGGUAUCUCCGCCGUCUUCGCCGUUAAUACUCUAGCACCGUAUAUCCUGACGUGCAUGAUGGAGCGCCCGAAACGACUGCUGUAUAUGAGCUCGGAUAGUCACUACGGGGGUGAUAAUUCUUUGCGUGGUGUUACGACUUCGCAUUCGUAUGGCGAUAGCAAGCUGCAUGAUAUGAUGCUUGCUAAUGGGUUUGCGAGGCGGUGGGGUGACGUCCAGGUGCUGAGUAUGCAUCCUGGGUGGGUGAGGACGAAGAUGGGGGGAAGUAUGGCUCCUGGGGGGAUUGGGGAGCCCACGAGGUGUCUUGCUGAGUGGGCAGUUGGGGAGGGGAAGUUUGCUGGGCUUGAGAGUGGGAGUUUCUUCUCUCCUAAGGGUGUUGAGAGGCCUGAUAGGGCUGCUGGGGAUGUGGGGAAGCAGGACGAGUUAUUGAAGAUUUGUGGGGAGGUUUCUGGGGUUGAGAUUCCUGAGUGA